CCCCUCCCCUGUUUUUUUCCCACGCACACUCUUCUCUUUCAUGCUCAAAAACAGAGCACAUAACUACAUGCCCAAGAUUCUAGCAGUACUAAUGGAGAACUGGGUGCAUUUCUCUUCUUGUUGUUUUGCCAAAUGAUUGUGUUUCCGUCGUUUCUUAUUCUCUCCGGCGGCUGCUGACGGCGGAGACUCCCCGGCACUUCUGCCUUGUCGUCCCUCUUCCGGCGAAUAUCCCUUCUCUCAUUUCACUCUGUUCUCUGAGGAGUGAGGCGUGGGGUUGAUAUAACAGUCGGAGCUUUUCGAAGCAGCCCUUGAGCUUUAUUGCUUUUGAAGUGAGGAUUUCUGGGUUGCUGUUGAAACCAAAUAAAAUGUUGUGGAGAAGGUGUAUUUGGAUGAACAUAGUUCUGAUUAGCACAUUUCUUGGAGCAAAUUGUCACUCCGUGGGAGGAUGGCCUCGUCGGAUACUUUUGGAUACAGAUGUUGAUACUGAUGACUUCUUCGCUGCGUUUUAUCUCUUGAAGCUUAACAGAUCAGAAUUUGAUUUGCAGGGAAUCACCAUCAGUGCAAAUGCAUGGACUGAUGCUGGGCAUGCUGUGAAUCACAUGUAUGACCUUCUUUACAUGAUGGGUCGCGACGAUAUUGCUGUUGGAGUGGGAGGUGAAGGUGGAAUUCUAGCAGAUGGUACCAUACUACCAGAUGUUGGGGGGUAUCUUCCUAUAAUUGAGCAGGGGAUUUCGACAGUAGGAGGUUGCAGAUAUAGGCAAGCCAUUCCAGUAGGUUUUGGAGGACGAUUGAAGAUCGAUACCAACUAUGGCAUCCGAAAAGGUUUCCUCCCACAGGGAAGCAGAAAAUAUAUUCCGCUUCGACAGCCAACUGCUCAACAAGUGAUGAUUGACAAAAUCUCUGCAGGGCCUAUUACUGUAAUUGUUACGGGAGUCCAUACAAAUUUGGCCAUUUUUCUUAUGAGUAAUCCACAUCUAAAGAAAAAUAUUGAGCAUAUUUAUAUCAUGGGUGGUGGUGUGAGGUCAAGUAAUCCUACCGGAUGUAGCUCAAAUGAUGCUGGCUCUUCUAGCAAACCUAACCCGUGUGGUGACCGUGGUAACUUGUUCACUGACUACAUUAGCAAUCCUUAUGCAGAGUUUAAUAUUUUUGGAGAUCCUUUUGCUGCAUACCAGGUAAUCCAUUCUGGGAUUCCUGUCACACUUGUUCCUCUGGAUGCAACAGACACAAUUCCCAUAAAUAAGGAGUUUUUUAAGACAUUUGAGAGUAGCCAGAAGACAUAUGAGGCACAAUACUGUUUCCAGUCCUUGAAAAUGGCUCGUGACACUUGGUUUGAUAAUGAAUUCUAUACGAGUUAUUCUAUGUGGGAUUCCUUUACAUCUGGUGUAGCAGCCUCUAUUAUGCGUAAUUCUCACGCCCGUCAUGGUGAAAAUGACUUUGCUGAAAUGGAAUAUAUGAACAUUACUGUAAUUACUUCGAAUAAGCCUUAUGGAAUAUCUGAUGGAUCCAAUCCAUUCUUUGAUGGUCGCAAAAUUCCAAAGUUCAAACUAGAAAGGGGUGGAGUGCAUAGUGGUCAUGUUCAAAGGAAACUUCACGAUCCAUUUUGCCUUUCAGAGAAUGGGAAAGGGAGAUGUGAGGAUGGUUAUACAGCAGAACAAAAUGGCACAGGAUCAGUGCGUGUUCUGGUUGCCAAAAAAGCAAAACGUAAUCAGGAUAUUGGCAGCCCACUUAACAGAGAAUUUUUUAAAAGCUUCUUAGAUGUCCUAAAUCACCCUCAACAUUCUGGGAGGUUCAAUUUGAUGAUGCAAUUUCCCUAUUAUCGAGAAGUCAUUUACAAACCAGAUUUUAGAGAAAAGAAGCUAGGAAAAGCUGUUGUCUUUGACAUGGAUAUGAGUGCAGGAGAUUUUCUAGCUUUAUUCUAUCUCCUCAAAGUACCUGUGGAAGUGAUCAAUCUCAAGGCAAUAUUAGUGAGUCCAACGGGCUGGGCAAAUGCUGCAACGAUAGAUGUUAUCUAUGAUAUUCUGCAUAUGAUGGGCCGUGAUGACAUUCCUGUUGGUCUAGGAGAUGUAUUUGGAGUGAACCUGUCUGAUUGGUUUUUUCCUGAUGUUGGAGACUGUAAGUACGUCAAGGCCAUUCCAAAUGGUGCUGGUGGAUUUCUGGACUCAGAUACGCUCUAUGGGCUAGCUCGUAAUUUGCCUCGAAGCCCAAGAAGGCUUACAUCAGAAAACUCAGUAAAAUAUGGAGCUCCAAGGAAUACUAGUCACCCUGAACUCCGACAACCACUGGCAAUGGAAGUUUGGAAAUCUGUAUUGGAAAAACUAGAUACAGGAUCUAAGAUCACCAUACUGACCAAUGGACCAUUGACUAAUCUAGCAAAGAUUGUUCUUUCGGGAAAACACAUAAGAUCUCUAGUUCAGGAUGUAUAUGUAGUUGGGGGACACUUGAGCUGCCAAUACGAUAACAUGGAUAAAGGAAAUGUCUUCACAGUUCCUUCAAAUGAAUAUGCAGAAUUCAAUAUGUUUCUCGACCCUUUGGCUGCUAAGACAGUAUUUGAGUCAGGGCUGAACAUCACCCUUGUUCCGCUUGGUGUCCAGCGAAGAGUUAGUUCAUUUACUAAGAUUAUACAGAAGCUUCUCCGAAUAAACAAGACACCUGAAGGUGCAUUUGCCAGGCAUUUGCUGUCCAGGUUGCACAGCCUACAAGAAAAGCAUCAUAGAUAUCAACACAUGGAUAUAUUUUUGGGGGAAAUCCUUGGCGCAGUGAUCUUGGCUGGGGAUCACGAUCGUCUGAAUGUGACUUUUCAUUCCAGGCCUAUUAAAAUCACUGCAACCGGUGUUGAAUCUAGAGAUGGACAAAUAUUUAUUGACAAGAAACAUGGAAAGUUAGUUAAAAUAUUGGAAAGAGUGGAUCCUUCGGCAUAUUAUGAUCAAUUUGCCAAUCGACUAGGUGAUAAAGAGCAGUCUGCUGUGUUAGGAAGCUUUGAUGAUCAGAAAAGAAUGUGGAGCACACCACAAGCUACUAAUGGUCUCCCUUGAGAUUAUGGGUAAACUAUCCUUUAAUCCUAGGAAUAAUAGGAGUUGCCAUUCUUUGUAUUUAGCCCAAUAACCAAACACUUAGCAUUACUUGGCAACUUAUUAUCUCCCAUUUCAGAAAGAAAUACACAUAAUUUCGUAGUUCUUACCAACUCCCAUAUCUAGAAUUGUACAGAAUGUUGGUAUACAAUAAAGAACUUCUCCUUUUUUC